AUGACGUUACACUAAUUUGUCAUUUCCAUUUGUCAAAAUUUCGAGUAAUAAUUAUUCAUCACAUCUAUCAUGGGCGAUGCGGACAAAGGCAAGUCCAUUUUUCAGAGAUCGUGCGCACAGUGUCACACGGUGGAAAGAGGCGGAAAACAUAAAGUAGGACCAAAUUUAAAUGGAUUGUUUGGAAGAAAAUCUGGAACGGUUUCUGGUUUCAUGUUUACGGAUGCGAAUAAGAAGAGGGGAGUAACUUGGAACGACGAUACGUUGAAUACGUAUCUGGAGAAUCCAAAGAAAUAUAUUCCUGGAACCAAAAUGGUUUUUCCCGGAUUGAAAAAGGAACAGGAACGAAAAGAUCUUAUUGCUUACUUGAAAAAUGCCACUAGUUAGUCGUUAUGUUUAUAUCAAAAUUAAUAAUUUAUGAUUAAAUAAACGUUGACAUUAAA